ACUACUGACCAUAUGAAAACUUUGAUUGUCAUAGGCAGAAUGUGUAGGGCAAUGAUCUAAAAUUGAAACAAAUUAGGGAAAUCGCAAGUAAAAAAACUUGCUAAAGAAUCACUAAACCGGCCAGUCGAACUGGAUCAAGACCUAACUAGUUUUUUCAAUUCUGCGCUAAAUGAUGUCAUUUUAGGGUUAAAAAAAAUUUAAGACAAAAAAGAAGCCUCACACACGAUCCUUCCUCUCCCCACCUUCAGAAAUCAAAAGAAUGAUCUUCCCUCUCUCAAAGAAAGAAAAGAGGUGACCAAUGUUAGCUUCCACUGCUAUCACCAUUCUUCUCACUAUCGUUGUCUCACCAUCAUCCGGUCGUCCCUCCACCAUCCCCUUUGCCAUAGCCUCCAACCCCUCUACUCAUUUACCAACUUUUGUGCAUCGUUUCGCCUGGUCUAGUUCAGCAGUUGGCCGACUGCUUGCUCGUUCAUCGUCUGUCAUCUGUCGCCUACUCGUCACUAGCAUUAUUGCUCCCUCUCCCCCAUACUCUGCUUAUAACUCAGACCGAAGUGUGACAGGCACUAUAUCCCAAGAGUGUGGCGGACACUAUAUUCCGGAGCGAAUAGACAAGUUGAGAUUGAGGAUUCUCUCUGUUGCUGCGAAUAGACAAGUUGAGGAUGAAAGAUUCCUUCUCUUAAUGCGGUGGACAAGUUUGAGGUUGAAGAUUCUCUCUCUUAUCGUAUCGGAAAAUGGAACAGAAGGUUGAGGAUUCUCCUCGGUUAAAUUUCUAACUAUGGUGAGAACGGUGGUUUGAGGAUAAUUAUCCUUGUGAUAAGUGUGAACAUAAUGAAUUAUAAUUAUGAUGAGGUUUGAUUAAAGUUAUAAUAUUUUAUAAUUGUGAUUUUGAUUAUUA